GUUUGGAAGGACUUCCGCAGCGGUUGGACGCUCUCUGACUAUCUAUUACCGGGGCGCUAUCAGGUGAGGGACUGCGACCGAUCUCUCUUCUCCUCCUCCCAUGGCGUUUCGAAACUUAAGAUUUCUAGGGUUUCUCCGCCCUCUCCAUGCACCCAGGUACCCUCUCUCUCCCUCUUCCUCCGCUCGAUUUCUCUCCAUAGAUCUCCUCGAGGAGGCUUCGAGUGCCCUCGAACCAUCGCGUGCCACGGUCUCCGAGCGAUUCGUCCUCGAAGAGCUCUCCGAUCUCCUCCCGAUCGACCUUAAACCCUCGAAUCCUCGCGCUUUUGCGGCGAAUCCAGCUCGAGAAUCGACCCCAACAUGGGUUGGGGAUCGCCUCCUCUCGGCUGAUGAGAAGCUCAGAGGGGUUUUCCUUCAGAAGCUCAGAGGGAAAUCCGCUGUCGAAUCCGCCCUGUCAUCGGCCGGUGUUGAUGUCACGGCGGAUGUCUUCGUAAAUGUAUUGAAUAGGGGAAAUUUAGGAGGUGCGGCGAUGGUUUUGUUCUUUAAUUGGGCAGUAGAGCAGCCAAAUAUGUCAUCUUGCGUUGAAACCUAUAAUGUAAUGCUGAAGGCGUUGGGAAGAAGAAAAUUUUUCGAGUUUAUGGAAGAAAUAUUGGUUCAGAUGAAGAACAAUGGGAUCGAACCCAAUUCGGAAACUUUAGAGAUCGUAAUGGAUUGCUUUGUGAGGGCUCGACAAGUUUUUAAAGCAGUUAAAUUUUUCAAUAGAUUGGAAGAGAUUGGAGCUAAAUCUGAUUCGGAGUCACUCCAUAUACUGGUUAAGUGUCUCUGUCGUCGGUCUCAUGCCAAGGUUGCUAGCUCUUUAUUUAACAGAAUGAAAGGAAAAUUACCCUCCGAUAACAUGUCAUAUAAUGAAAUUAUCGGUGGAUGGGCCAAGUUUGGUAGAGUUGACAAAAUAGAGAGUUAUUGGAUAAUGAUGAUGGCUGAAGGAUUGAACCCUGAUACCGUUACAUAUAGUCACCUUAUUGAGGCAUUAGGAAGAGCUGGCCAGACUGAUGAUGCUGUUCAUGUCUUUGAGAAGAUGGAGGAGAAUGGUUGUGCUCCAGAUACCAUGGCUUAUAAUGCGAUGAUUUCUAAUUUUAUUUCAGUUGGAGAUUUGGAUAAGUGUAUUCAAUACUACAAGGAUAUGUCUGAAAAGAAUUGUCUGCCAGAUAUUCAUACAUAUAACAAAUUGAUUAGUGCUUUCCUGAAAGUUAGAAGGGUGGCAGAUGCUCUUGAAAUGUUUGAUGAGAUGUUGAACCAAGGAAUUCUCCCUAAUACUGGCAUGAUUACUGAUUUCAUCGAGCCUUUGUGUAGUUUUGGGCCUCCUCAUGCUGCUAUGAUGAUUUAUAAAAAGAGUAAAAAAGUAGGUUGUAAAUUGUCAAUGAAAGCUUAUAAGCUUUUGCUGAUGAGGCUUUCAAGGUUCGGUAAAUGCGGGAUGGUGCUGAAGAUCUGGGAGGAGAUGCAAGAGAGUGGUUAUGCUUCUGAUAAGGAGGUUUAUGAGUAUAUCAUCAAUGGACUUUGCAAUAUAGGGCAGGUUGACAAUGCUGUGCUUGUGGUGGAGGAGUCACUGCAAAAAGGCUUUUGUCUUGGAAAGGUUGUUUGUAGCAAACUGAACAGCAAAUUGCUGGAGAUGAAUAAGGUGGAGACUGCAUACAAGCUCUUUCUGAAGGUCAAAGAUGCACGAGUUAAUGCCAAUGCACAGAGCUUUUGGCGUGCUAAUGGGUGGCACUUUUGAGCUUGGCGUCCAAUUCUACUUUUUCCUCUGCAGUUAGUAUGCGGUGAUUAUGCGAACAUUUGGAGUGCCACUUGAAACUCAUUUUUGGAGUGGGAGGAUUGUGCACCACUAUGUCCCAAUUGUGAAUAUUCUGGGGACAGUGCUAAAUGAAUGAGUGACUCGUGUACCUUCUUGCUGGAGUUUGGCUUUGAUUCUGCAUGAUGAACUUAUGUUACUUUUUUUAAGGAACUGCAACCUCCUUUGAAAAUGUUGGUUCCUGUGUGGAAGGCCGUGUGACAUGAACACUUUGCGGCUAAUAUAAGUUCUGGCACGCCAAGGGAGAUUGAUUAUACAUCAUAAGUUAAAUAGCAGUGUUAUAUCCAACAUAUUCCAAAGCAACUGCUGUUGCGUACGUAGACUAAGCAUGUCAUUCUGUGAACCAACUCGUAUUCAGUGCAGCUUGCUUGAUAGAUAAAAAGGGAGGGUCGAACUCUUGAGAAACAUGGUCCCUUUCAAUGAUCGCUGAUAAGUUUAAGACGUCAUGCAGUUUGGUUUGUCUUCAGUACUAUAGUGCUGAAGCUGAUAGUUCAGUAGUAAUCUUAACUCUUUUGAACCCUCCUUCAGUUAUGUAUCCUAUUUUUCUUUUUUCUUUCCCUUUUUUGUUUUAGAGAGAGAGAGAGAGAGAGAGAGAGGGUGACCCAUGAAUUCAUUUCAUGAGAGCCCAAGUUUUGUAUCUUAAUAUCCUACUGAACUUGCAUUAAGAAAAAAAAGGCAAAAUGACAUUUUUUUAAUGAUUCUGGGCAGCACGUCUAUCCCCUUCAACAUGCAAAUGGUUUUGUUCUUCUCAGAAGGCCUCCCUCAAAAUCAAGCUCAGUAUGAUUAUCGAAGACUUCUUUCUUUCCCGUGAAUCCUGUGAAGCAUAGGCAAGCGCGUCUUUUUAAGCCCAGCAUUGUGCCCACUCAAUCACCCUGGAAGCAUUAAGCCUAUUUUUUGCGAUUACUGUAAUGUAUCCAACUCUUGCUUGCCUAGCCGUUGGAUCACCAGUUCGGGAUAAAUCUUGCUUUGGAGCCUCGACCCUUUUAAGCUUCCAAAUUUCCUGGUUUCUACUCAAAUAGACAGAGUUAAAAAAUUAUAUUAUUCUAUU